AUGUCAUCUGCAAUUUAUUUAGAAAAUUAUCUGGAUGGUUUAGAAUCAUUACCAACAGAAUUGGAGCGUAAUUUUAAACUUAUGCGUAAGUUAGAUGACCGGGCCCAAACUGCUAUGAAGAGUAUAGACAGCCAUGCAAAAGAAUUUAUGCAAAAAUUAUCAUACAACAGUAGCUCCAUGAAUGAGGAUGAACGUAAGGAAAGAUUACUUGACAUUCAAUCACUGUUUAGUAAGGCAAAGGAAUAUAGCGACGAUAAAGUUCAGCUAGCAAUUCAAACGUAUGAACUUGUUGAUAAACAAAUACGGCGUUUAGAUAAUGACUUGGCAAGGUUUGAAGGCGAAAUUCAAGAAAAAGCCGUGUCUGUCGGAAGUAAAUCUGAAGAAGUGAUUUUGAAAAAAAGUCGUAAGAAAACUGCUGAGGCUAAAUUAGCUGGUAAGAAACGACGUUCCUCUUCAAUAGAAGGAGAAAUAACAACGAAUACCUCAGGUAUAAGUGCAGGCUUAGCGGGUGCGCACGGUAGUAAGAAGAAAAAACAGAAAAAUAAUUCUGAAAAAGAAGUUCGACGAAAAGCUAUUAAGAAAAUCAAUGAUAUGGAUGACUCGGAGAAAGAAUCUGGCCAUACUGCAACCACUCACCCUAGCGAUGUAAUAGAUAUGCCAGUUGAUCCCAAUGAACCAACAUAUUGUCUUUGCCACCAAGUUUCGUAUGGUGAAAUGAUUGGCUGCGAUAACCCAGAUUGUCCUAUUGAAUGGUUUCAUUUUGCAUGUGUUGGCCUCACAACUAAACCAAAAGGAAAAUGGUUUUGUCCAAAAUGUUCGCAAGAUCGAAAAAAAAAGUAACCACUAUAAACAAAGCAACAUUUUCGAAUAUAUGAAGCAUAAGAUUAGUUUGUAUUUUAUUUAUUCCUUAUAUUCUGUAUAUAUAGCACAUCAGUCAAUAAUAUGGAUGACUAACUAAGAAAAACAAUUUUUUUUCUGCCAAAAAUCGAUUUUACUCGUCAAUAUAAUCUCCUUCAAGGACAAUACAAUAAUUUCCAACGCUUCUCUUACUUCUCGAUGCCGUGCUUGUAGAAGGAUUUGUCUUUUAUCUCAAAAUAGGCUUCAGUUGCAGCAAUUACUUCUUUAUUUAAGAUGAAUUUCU